UAUAAAAUAUCAAAAUCCAAACCAGUACUUUGAUUGUGUGGAUUUAAUAGUGUUGUAUCUGUUGUCUGUUGCAUAUCAUUAAUAAGCAAAAUUUUAAUAAUGAAAGUAUUUUUCUCAAUUAUUGCAAUAUUUCUUAUUUUUAAUAUAACUUUUGCUGACGACUGUGGAGUCCAUGUACUCGAAAAAGCUAUUGAAUUGUAUCGCGAUUUUCAAGCCCUUCGUGUCAGAGGUUGUCAGGACUUAAAGAUCAGUGUCGAUACAUAUUCUGUUAUUAAGAAAAAAUGCAUUCAAGAUCUCGCCGCAAGCUUUAAUCUAAUUUCAUAUGAAAAAGUAUACGAACUGACGCUAGACUUCUUGAGCACAGAUUGCUUCCGGAAAUCUGCGAUCGAGACCUGCGAUGACAUUGAGUACAAGAAGUUGAGACACUGUGCCGUUGACUUCUGGGUCGACCACUUGGAGGAAGGACUGGAAUUGUAUAGGAAUGAGACCAUUAGAUACGGUGCUUAUGGCUAUUUGAUUGAAGUUAAGGGAUGCCUCCAAAAGAGUCUGGAUGAGAUAGAAUCGGCACAUAAAUUGAAGUCAAUUCAAGUGUGAAAAGCCUAUCAACUGAAUCCCACUUCCAAUUAUCAAACACAACCAAUUUGUUGUCUAAUUGUUCCGGGUUUAUAUACAGUAUACCAAUUGAAU